GAGUGGGCCGGCCGUAGCGCAGGCCGCGGGAGGGGGCAGGAGCACCCAGACGCGAAGCGGAAAGCAGCGCCGGAGAGCGGGUUCGCAGACUGGCGCUGGGCAGGGUGCAGGCGCGCGGGGACCAGACGGAGGAGCCAGGCUGCCAGAGAAGAUGGUGGAUUACCUGGCGAACACGGAGAUCAACAGCCAGCGCAUCGCCGCGGUCGAGAGCUGCUUCGGGGCAUCCGGGCAGCCCCUGGCCCUGCCAGGCCGGGUGCUGCUGGGCGAGGGCGUGCUGACCAAGGAGUGCCGCAAGAAGGCCAAACCGCGCAUCUUCUUCCUCUUCAAUGACAUCCUGGUGUACGGCAGCAUCGUGCUCAAUAAGCGCAAGUACCGCAGCCAGCAUAUCAUUCCGCUGGAGGAGGUGACGCUGGAGCCGCUGCCCGAGACCCUGCAGGCCAAGAACCGCUGGAUGAUCAAGACGGCCAAGAAGUCCUUCGUGGUGUCGGCCGCCUCCACCACGGAGCGCCAGGAGUGGAUCAGCCACAUCGAGGAGUGCGUGCGGCGGCAGCUGCUGGCCACGGGCCGCCAGCCCAGCACGGAGCACGCGGCGCCCUGGAUCCCCGACAAGGCCACGGACAUCUGCAUGCGCUGCACGCAGACGCGCUUCUCGGCCCUCACGCGGCGCCACCACUGCCGCAAGUGCGGCUUCGUGGUCUGUGCCGAGUGCUCCCGAGAGCGCUUCCUCCUGCCGCGCCUGUCGCCCAAGCCCCUGCGCGUCUGCAGCCUCUGCUACCGCGAGCUGGCCGCCGAGAAGCGGAAGGAGGAGGAGGAGGAGGAGGAGCAGAGCGUGGGGUCCCCCCGGCAGCCGGCCUACCUGGCCGGGGCCAUCUGCGGAGCAUCCAGCGGGGACGAUGAUGACUCUGACGAGGACAAGGAGGGCAGUGGGGACGGCGACUGGCCCAGCCACGUGGAGUUCUACGCCUCCGGCGUCUCCUGGUCAUCCUUCCACAGCUGACCCGAAUCUGCAGCUGUGCAGGAGGGCCUCCCGGGUCCCCUCUGCAGCCAGUCAGACUCCAUUGCCCAUGCUCCCGAGAGAACAGAGUUCCCGGACUGCCCAGCAGCCCCCAGGACCCUGCCCCGUGGGUGGCAGGCACAGUGGGAAUGGCUCUUUCUCUCUCGGCCCCCAGUGCCUUUGGGCUGGACGUUGGCAGCCUUCUGCUCCACUUCAGAAAUGUGGCUCACAUUUGUGGCUUGUGUUAGAUUCUGUUGGCGAGACACUAGAGAGAAGACCCCACAUCCAAAAUGGUUCCCGGCAUGGCUGACCUUCCUGCCAGAGUCCGUGGGUACAAGUCCCACAUGCCUGGGGUGGAGCUCAAGGAGUUCAUGUUACAGUGGGGCCAUGCCUCUGAGGAGGUAGGGCCCCCGGAGCACGCUCGUGAAGACUCAGCCUCGAGUCCAGCCCAGGAGGCAGCCCCAGGGAGCUGGGGACCAGGCUGGUCCUUGUGUGGUUUAGGGACAGGUAAAGCACUCACACUUUGUAACACUAGAACGCCCGUGGGCACAAGAUGCCCACAACGCAGGGCCUCUUGUCUGCUGCACACUGCUUCUUCUGAACCAUGCCCUCACCGCUUUGGAAGCCUGGAGGGUCACCAGCACCCGUUAGAAUUUGUCUUUUUCUUUAUUCCCCCCAAGCAUGGAAGGGUGAAACGGCUGUAAGGUAAACAAUGUGUAUGGAGAAGUUCUAGCGAAUUUCAUAUACCCAUCCCCAUUUACUACUUAUUAAAAUUGGCUACUAGUAUUCCAUUAUAUUGCCCACAUAUGCAGUUUGACUAUGUCCCUGUUGCUCAGCACUGGGGCUGGUUCCCUUUUCUCCUGCUGCCAUAAACAGCAGUGCUAUGAAUAUCUUUAUCCUUUUUCCAUUUGAAUUAUUUUAUUGUAAUGUUUUCCCUGAAGUGAAAUUUGUUGGCUGGAAAGUGUAUACAAUUUUAUGGUUCCUGUGACUUUUUUUCUUCAAAUCACUCUCCCAAAAGACUGUAUCACCAAGUAUUUCCUCCAGCACUCUGUGUGUGUGUGUGUGUGUGUGUGUCUUCCUGCAGCCCUGCCAGUUCUGGGUUUGAUCAUUUGUAUUUAUUUUUACCAAUUAAUUGUUAUGUAACAGAAGCUAUUAUCCUGGCAUUUGCUUUGCAAAUGAGAAUGAGUGAAGUCCUUCCCUUAAAACUCAUACAAAUUAAGUAAGUAGCCAUCACCUCUGUAGUUUAAAGAAACACUUUUCGGCUCCUUCUGUGUGCCAGCACUUGGGAUACCCACAGCUGCCCUGAGGCUACAAUCCAGCUGGCCGGCUCGAGCUUCACCUCUUGACCCACCGUUAUCAAAUAGUCCAAGAAGCCUCCUCCGGUUAAUAAAGCCAUUUACCUCCUCCCAACAAACUGAAAACGCAUCAGUCAGCCCCCUUUCCCUGUGUGGUUUAGAUGAAUCCUGGCAUUUCUUAAUUGCCAUAUGUUGAUUGUUCAGGAUUGAGACACAUUCUGGUUUCUAUGCAAAAAGAUUGCAGGAGACAUGGCUGAUGUUCUGUUCAUGGCUUAUUAAAACCUCAGGAAGACCCUAGCCGCCCUCCCAAGGGGAACUCAAUAACAGGCAUCCUGGUGGAGCCACGUCCUGGCCGGUCAGGUAACCCAAGAAGGCUGGGAGGGAAACUGACAGAGGAUGUGCAUACUUGACCACUAGAUGGCACCUCUAAAUAACUAAUGGGGAGAGAAUUGCUUCCUUCCAAACCUCCAGCCCCAUUCCUGACAGCCUCCCCACCAUGCAUUGCAACACACCCCAGUCGUGUUUACUUCCAAGCCAGACAUCUCAAAAAAAAUAAAUAAAAUAAAAAAACAGAAAAAUAAAAAAGUUCAUUCUUGCUAAAAAUACACCAUCUGCCUGUGAAAAAUCUUGCCCGGCGCUGUCAUGUCAACACCCAAAGCAGGUUAAUAACCGGCCCAGAACAGAUGGUUUCUUUUUAUAAUUACUGGGUCCCCCCCACCACCAGCAAGGCUUCUUCCUCAGCUGCCUCCUUACCCUGCUGGCAGCCCCCUAGUGUUUCCUGGCCACCCCGCUGCCACCACCCAGCCAGCUACUGCCCUGCCAGCCACAGGGGGCCAGCCCAUUGCCAGCCCUCUGCUCAGGCCGUAGGACCCGGGGGCUUUCAACACCACCUGGGAAGACGGCCAUCAGGAGGUCACCCCAGCCUUGUCAACCCCACUAUCAAAGAAAAACUAAUCAAGCCAAGAUGUCAGUAAUCACUCAACAAAUAAAGUUUAAGACACUUAUUGUCCUA